GGCAGCGGUAUGCGCUUUAUUUGUGUUUCGAUCGUCAUUCGUUCCAAACGGAAGCCGCCGUGGAUCGUUGCCCUCCGCGCUGUCGAUCGCCGCUGAUCUGUGAAUUCCCUCCAAGAGUAAGUGAUAUGUGUUAUGUUGUCGGAUCGAGUUUGAAAUACGAGUCCGAUUGCUGAAUCAGAUAAUUCCCGGAGCUGCUCCCGUCUGCUAAUAAGUGCAAAAAAUCUUGACUUUUAAAUUGAUUAAUUGUUUGAAGUUAAAUGUGUGAUCUGUCAACGAUGAUUGUGGAAGGUCACUGAAACCGGUUCCCGUGGAUUUAUCAUCAGUGUGUCAGUGAUGCAAUGUUGAAGAAGUGAUUCUGCUAUUUCAUUUGUUUAUCACAUAACAAGGUAACAGAAGUCUAAAACCGGUACUGAACAUACAAAAUGUCCAACCCUAACGACAGUGACAACAAACAUGUUGAAAUCACCAUCGAUGAAGACAAAAGUAAUGAGCCGGGAACAAACCCAACGCCAGUUACCCCCGUCGUACCGGAUGUGGUUAGCCAAUCCAAGGAGGAAGUCCGGCCACCGAAGUCCAACAGCAACACCAGAGGUCGACAGCUGAAACCAGAAAGAGCGGGUAAUCGCAGCAGAUCAAACAGCCGAUCACCUAACCGUCGGCUAAGGCGUGAUACAGUGGCCUCCCAGAACGAUGCCGUUCCAUUGCUCCCAUCGGAGGAGGGUCUACUGCCGAGACAGAAACCACCGAUAGCUGGCCCUGAAAUGGAUGAUGAUGGACCCGAUGGGGAUCGCAAUUAUGGCUCGAACGAUGAUCGAGGAAUUGAUGAUGGAUUUUUGGGCGAUGGACAGACAGGUCGAAGGACACCAGGCCGGAGAAAUAGUAUUCCCACACCAUUUCCAUACAGUCCCGAGUAUGGACCCGACUUACCACCUGGGGUCAUUACAACAACAACCGGAACGCGAGUCAUCCCAGAUCUGAACGUCUAUCAGCAGAAAAAGAGUCUCGCACAAGGAAUGAUGGAUUUGGCGUUACUUUCGGCCAAUGCCAAUCAGCUGCGAUACGUUCUAGAAUCCAAUGUGCGGCAUCCGUACUUCUACGUCAGCUUGAUUUUCAUCUCAACCAGUAUAAUCUGCCAGGUGGCUGUCGGAAUUGGACUCAUUUGGAAAAGUCGGUACAAUAUUAAAAAUCAGGAUGAUUUUUGUAAGGCCGAUCGAAUAAACAAUAUGGUGACGAUCGGAAUUUUUAUCAUAACGCUUGUCAAUGUGCUUAUAUCGGCAUUUGGAGUAGCAGAUACUCCUAAAGCUGGGUAACGGAAGAUCUGAAGUGGAGUCUCAUUAUUAGGAUUAGGAAUUGGAACAUUAUGACAGAUUUCUGAACUAUAUUUUAUUGUUUGAAUUGCAUUUAGUCACUAUUUUUUGAUGAUCAUCAAUCAUGUUGUAUGACAAAAAAUUCUCACAUGCUACCUUUUUAUAAGGUUCCGCGAAAUUCA